AUGUCGAAGCGAGGGCGUGGAGGAUCCGCUGGUAACAAGUUUAGGAUGUCACUGGGUCUUCCAGUGGCAGCCACAGUGAACUGUGCCGAUAACACCGGUGCUAAGAACCUUUACAUCAUAUCCGUCAAGGGUAUCAAGGGUCGUCUGAACAGAUUGCCAUCUGCUUGUGUUGGUGACAUGGUUAUGGCCACUGUCAAGAAGGGGAAGCCUGACCUCAGGAAGAAGGUCCUGCCUGCAGUCAUUGUGAGGCAGCGCAAGCCAUGGCGCCGAAAGGAUGGGGUCUUCAUGUACUUUGAAGGUUCUGCCAUUACUGGUCCAAUCGGAAAGGAGUGUGCUGAUCUUUGGCCAAGGAUUGCAAGUGCUGCUAACGCCAUCGUCUGA